GUUUCCCACUCCUCCACAUUGCUGUACUCAUCCUCAGGAACCCACUGUGUGACCUGGACAGCAGCCUUCUCUGACACUAAACGAAAACUAAAUCAUGGCAGGUGCAGACUGGGGAUAUGAUGGCAAAAAUGGUCCUGAUCAAUGGAGCAAGCUGUAUCCCAUUGCCAAUGGAAACAACCAGUCUCCUAUUGAUAUCAAAACCAGUGAAGCCAAACAUGACACCUCUCUGAAACCUAUCAGCAUCUCCUAUAAUCCUGCAACUGCCAAAGAAAUUAUUAACGUGGGACAUUCCUUCCAUGUAGUUUUUGAUGACAGCAGUAACCAAUCUGUUCUGAAAGGUGGCCAUCUCUCUGAGAGCUAUCGUCUCACCCAGUUCCAUUUUCACUGGGGCAACUCCAAUGACCAUGGCUCCGAGCAUACUGUGGAUGGAAUCAAAUAUUCGGGAGAGCUUCACCUAGUUCACUGGAAUCCUGCCAAGUACUCGAGCGCUGCUGAAGCCAUCUCAAAGGCUGAUGGGCUGGCAAUCCUUGGUGUUUUGAUGAAGGUUGGUCCAGCCAAUCCAAACCUGCAGAAAGUUCUUGAUGCCAUAAACUCAGUUAAAACUAAGGGAAAACGAGCCCCAUUCACAAAUUUUGACCCAUCCUGUCUCCUGCCUUCAUCCCUGGACUACUGGACCUACUUUGGCUCCCUGACUCACCCUCCUCUUCAUGAAAGUGUGACCUGGUUCAUCUGCAAGGACAGCAUCAGUGUCAGCCCAGAACAGCUGGCCCAGCUCCGUAGCCUCCUGUCAAGUGCAGAAGGAGAACCAGCUGUUCCAAUUCUGAGUAACCAUCGGCCACCCCAGCCCCUGAAGGGCAGAAAAGUAACAGCAUCAUUCUAAGGCCCAUCAAGAAGCGAGUCAUCGAUCAAGCUCUUCUGCAGAAAUCUCCCAGUAAAGUGAUCAAGUUUAAGAAAUGCAGUUAUUUCAGCGCUAAGAUAGUAUGCCUGCAAAUAUAACCCAUAGAACUAAAAUAACAUUCACUUUAAUUCCAUAAUACUUAAUGCAAAUAAUCCAUAAGCUUGCCUAUUGUAAUCCUUAAACAUGCACUUGUGCCUAAAUCCAUCUUCCUUUUGCGAAAUGUUUCAUAUGAUUACAAUUAAGUAAUUCGUUCUCUUUCUACUCUCUCCAUUUUAAGUGAAUCAAUAAAAUAUCUUA